AAGAGUCAAAAUGGACGAACAGUGUGAACCCGACAAAGUUCUCUAUUUUUCUCCAAUUGGAACUUACGAAAUAACUGCUGAUAAAGAUGGUAUACUAAGCAUCAAAUUGAUAAGCGAGAAAACAGAAGAAAAKAAUUCUGUGCUUGAAUCAGGCUCAAAGAAUCGUCAUCUACAAGAUUGCCUGACAUGGAUGGAUGCUUACUUUACUGACUUARAMAGUCUCGCAAAAACAAAGCGCCCAGYUUUGAACAAGAAAAAAUGGCAGCACAAGACGUUCUGCUGUAAUGUUUGGCAGACCUUGGAAGAUAAACUGCCCCCUGGUAAGGUUUUAAGCUACGGUCAAGUCGCGAAAAUGGUGGGAAACGAAAAGGCGUCAAGAGCGGUAGGAAUGGCGAUGAAGACAAAUCCUUUCUCUAUCAUAAUGCCUUGCCAUAGGGUUGUCAGUAAAGACAGGGUAGGAAACUAUAGCUCUAUCAAUGGAGCUAAAACAAAAAUGUGGCUUUUGGAGCAUGAAAACGCUGACUUAAAGAACUACAAAUGAGAAUUAUUCGCAUAUUCACCACAGGAAGCCCAAAGAACUGGACUGACAAAUGAUGGAGUUUGUAAAAGGGAAACACAGCGUAUUAAAGCAAGGGAAAAAUUAAAMGCUACAAAAUGAAA